GUGACAAGUGUCGCAAAAGUUACCGAAAACGCGCCGAUAACGUUUAUUCCUUGUCUCAAUAAAACUGGCGAGUGGCGACAUAUUCAGAAGCCGUGAUGGUUUUUAAAGAACAUUCUCAGUUUCAUCUAAAAGAUUUAAACAAAAUUUCCUCAAGUGACACUUGUACGAACUUAGCUUGCGACUUAUCCCGUUUUGUAACGGAUUGACCAAAAAACAGAAGCAAAUGGCCGAACCCAUACCGAGAUAUUAUUGUCAUAGGUGUCAUGCCAGGUUUGAUAAUCCAAACGAAAAUUUCACUUGUCCACAUUGCGGGGCCGGUUUCAUAGAAGAAACUUCACAACAACUACCACCAGAAAGUCAACCGACUCCAGCAUCUGCAGAAUCAUUAGACGAUGACACUUUUGAUAACUCUAGGCCCAGUUAUUACGUCAUAAGAUGGAGAAGAGAACCUCAGGAACCCGUCCAAGGUACUUCCGAAGAAACACCGAUACCACCGCAAUUGGAAAACAUAAUAACAGAUUUCUUCCGAGGUUUCGGAAUGAUACGUACAGGGGAGGACGGAACAACCGUUCAAGUGAUCUUUGGAAACGCCGCAGAUUAUGCCAAUACCAGGGAAGAAUUCGAUGCUAUCGUAACUCAACUGUUAGACCAAAUGGAAGGAUCUGGUACUCCGCCUUUGCCAAAAGAACUGCUCGAUGCAAUUCCUACUGUAAAAAUAACCGAUGAACAUUUAAUUUCUAAACCCAUUUGUUCAGUAUGUUGGGAAGAAUUUGUCUUAGACGAGAAUGUCCGUCAGCUAGCUUGCAGCCAUUUAUUCCAUGAUCAAUGCAUAAAACCGUGGUUAGACCUUCACAGUACGUGCCCUCUGUGUCGACACUAUUUGGGAAACGAUCCCGAGUACAUGAAUCAGGAGAACAACAACAGGAAUAAUAUGACAACUUUACAGCAGCUAUUUCAAGCAGUUCAACGUUCAACGUCCGGGAGCGUAGCAAGCGGUGAGAAUAACGCUAGGGAAUCCGACGCUGAACCACCCCAGUCACCCGGUCCAUCCAGUCGUCAGACAUAAAAUAAUUAUGUGCUACUACUAAUAAAUAUCUUCAAUCUUAUUAAAUAUUAAAAUACAGUAAUGUUUUUCUAAUUCGAAAUUAAUUAGUUCUUAAUAUUUCAGCAUUUUAGUUGGAAUCAACUUUAUGAACUCUGUAACUUUUGUGAUAUAAAAUUUGAACAUUAAAAAUUAUUAAAU